GAUAACACAGAAAUCGUUAGCAACAAAUCAAAGAUGGCUGCUGAAAGUAAACAUCGGACUUCGAUAAGAUGUUGAUCAGAUUGUUGUGGAUUCAUUUUAAUUAGAAUACCAACUAUGUGAUAUUUAAAAAUUAACAGAACCACAGUUUUCUAAAUAAUUCUUAAUUCAAAGUAGCUGAAAGAUGACCAGUAGAGAGGAUGAAGCCAUUCUGAAGUCCCUUGGUGCUAUUGAUAUCAAACCGGUUGACUACGAUCAAUGGAAAAGGAAAGAGCGAAAGAAACGUGUCCAGAAGAUUCUUAACACUACACCUUCAAGUAGACUAUUACCUGAUGUUCCAUUUAACUCAUCAAUUCAAGUAAAGAGUGGUCACAGGUUUGGAAUGCCCAGUUCUUCUUCUGUUUGCAAUCACAGCCACAAGAGGAUUGAACCGCCAUCAGGGCCUAGCGAUGACGAAGCGAUUGCUCAAAGACACAGGGAGAUCAAGGUUCUAGAACUGCUAAUCAAAUCUAGGAAACAAGCUGUUGGAAACUACAAGUGUAGGCAGGAGGUUUUAUUGAAUGAAAAUGAGAAGCUGCGGACAGAAAUUGAAGGUGCAGAAGAAGCCACUCAUAAAGACGUGAAACAGCUUUUACAGAAGUAUGAACGUUAUCGGGGUGCUGUGUCGACAUUAACUUCAAAGUUUGACGUAGAAAAGGCAAAAGCUGUCAAGGAGUUAGAAACUACGCAGCAAGAGGUGAAUGUAGGACUCAAAGGCCUCGAAAAGCAACUGACGGAGGUAAAGCUGUUGUUGAAAGACAGAAGAGCUGAGUUGAGUGUCCUGCUCAGUUAUAAGGAUAAAGAAUACCCUGUAAAAGCUAUGAAAAUCAGUGCACUGCGAAAACAAGUUGAACAGUUAGCAAAAGAUUUUGAGGCAGAGCAGGUUGAUUUGGAAAGUGUAAUUGCAAUUGAGCAAGAGAAGUAUGAGGUGAAAGGUCAAGAGGCAAUUGAAGACAUCAAAGCAGAAGUGACAGAGAAUGCCAUUUCAUCCAUGCAUGAAAGCCUCAAGGACAUGGCAUUACAGAAUAUGGUUAUGAAAAAGGAAAUUGAGGAACAUCAGCAAACACUUGUGAAGUUAGAGGGUGAUAAUGAAAAAUUGAAAGAGGAGGUAGAUUCUCUCAAAGUGAGUCCAGAGAUUAGCGUUCGCCAACAGCUGUUUCCUCACCUGUAUCGUACAUUACCAAAGUGCACUCCAGAUAUGGAGGUUGUACUAGAUAUACCAGUCCAAGAAUGGCUUUCAAUAUGAGGUGUUAGGGCAGGGGUGUGGCAACUUCCAUCUACGUGCAGGUGCAUCCAUAUUUAAAUAAACAGUAGUGCAUACAUUCCCAGAAGUAUAGUGUGUAUUUGUGUGAAUAAAUAAUAUGUUUUUCAAUGGUUUUUUAAAAGGUUAGGCUUUACUAUAUUUUUAUUGAGCUUAAAAUAUAAAUAAAUCCAAAGAAAUUCCUUCCAAUUAAGUGUCUCAUUAAAAAAAAAUGGCUAUAGUACUACUGUAUUUGAAGUGUCUCUAACCCAGAUGGUAGGUUAACCAUUAAUUAAAGAAUAUCUUUCCAUGCCUGUUUAACUAUGUGAUUGGCUCUACCAUGCUUCUAGUUUAAUUGUUUUGAUUUAGAUUUUGUUCUGCUUAAUUAACAUUAAUUGCCUAAAAAGGGGCUUAGAAAGGCAUACAGCAGGUAAUAUUGUAUGUAUGGCAUUAACAUUUGGUCCUUUGAGGAAACACAUUAAUAACAUUAAUGUGUUUCCUCAAAGGACGAAGUGAUUAAGUAUGGAUCUUCUAUCUGUAAAAGCACAAGUCCCUGGAGCGCUCUACUUGCAAUUCAUGGAUCCACCACUGAAUAAGUCUUUAAAAUCUGGCCAAAAGGAGGCGUUUUAAUCAGUGAAGAGUUGGCUGCAUAAUGAAUUUUGGGACUUGGGUUUUUAACAGCUUCGGUCAGCUUUAAAUUAGAAUAAUAAAGUUAAGACAUUUGUUAAUAUGGGACCAGAAAAAAGUGUUCUUUAAUUGGAAGUGGUCUGUAUUUAGUGGUGGUCUUUAUUUGGAGGGAGACCUGUACAUGGUUAGAGCCACAAGAGCCUUUGUUUUGGGUUUUAGUUGUUUUCUAGAUGCUUACUGUUUGGUGCUUCAGUAAUUUUGAUGUGCCAAUUUCUAGAAAUAUUUCUUUGUUGUUUCUCUAUGUGUUUAACAUUAAUAUCCGUUGUUUAGAUUACAGGAAGUUGUUGAGAAAUUCUUUGUGCCAUCGUUGAACAUUUAAUUUGCUAAUAGCUAACGGUACCACAUCCACCCACACCCCAGCAUGUUGAAUUAGACUAUAAUAAAAUCUUUUUGUUUUAUAUAAUUUUAGAUUUUCUAAUAAAAAUAUAAUUUUAGUGAAAAUUUGUAGUUAUUUUGACAACUGCUGCUUUCCAUAGGGCCUAAUGUCUACCUUGUAAUUAAAGGGCUAUUAACUAUAUACGAGGCUCGCCAUUCCAAAACCAACAUGCUGUAGCUAAUUUGUUGAACUGAGUAAUUAGCAUAAGAAUAUGGCAGUAUUGUAGAGUUUAGUACAGAGAAGCUGUAAUACUUUUACUCAUAACUUUAGCAAUAGUAAGUUGAUACUAGUAAAAUGACUCAUCAGUUUAAAGCUUACAAUGUGGAGGAUAAGGAUAUAUUAAAAAGUCAAUUUUCAUUUUUUGGUCACCAAUGCUGAUUUUGGGAUGGCAAGCCUGAAAUGUCUUAUUAAUAAAAAUAUAUUUUUAAGGUAGAUUUUAUAAUAUUUCUGUAAAAUUAUUAAUUAGAAUAAAACUGUUUGUCCACAUUGCAUGAUGCAAAGGAUAAAGGUAAUAAAUACUAUAUUGUGACACAAA